CGCCUGAUUUCGGUGGGAGUGGCUGGAUAGUUAGUAUAAAUAUAUUUAUACUAUAGUAUAAAUAGCCUGAUUAAAGUCAUACUCUGAGCGGCUGGACCCCCUGUGGCCAGAUUCUGUUUGGUGUGUUCCGCAGAAAGCAGCAUCAUGGCAACUGUCCUACUGUGCGUGCUGGUUUGGACAGCGUUUGCCUGGUCUCCAACCCGCGCCCACCUCAACGAAACCAUCUACGCCGUGACUGUGAGCUCCAGGGUGACCGGAGGGGCAUCUGAGACGCUGUGCGCCCACGUCCUCUCCCCCCCGGAGCCGCUGGCCCUCAGGGUGACUCUGGAGGCGCAGUCCGGGAGCACCGUCAUCCUGGAGGAGACGGUUUCCACGGAUUACUACGGCUGCUCCACCUUUCAGGUUCCCAUUGUGACCAGCAGCACGGUGGCCACGGUCAAUGUGACCAUCCAGGGGGAGAGAGCCGUCAUGAGCAAGGAGACCAAGGUCCUCAUCGCCCCUCCAGCCUUCCUUCAUCUGAUCGUGACGGACAAGCCGCUCUACAAGCCUGGACAGACUGUCCAGUUCCGGAUCGUCUCCAUGGACGCUGGCUUCAUCCCUUUCAAUGAGCUGUAUAAAACAGUUGAGCUUCAGGACCCCAACAGAAACCGCAUCGCGCAGUGGCUGGAUAGGGCCGCCGUCAGUGGCAUCCUGGACAUCUCUCACCCCAUGAGUCCAGAGGCCGCCCAGGGACCCUACACCAUCACCGCCUGGACGGAGAAAGGAGAGAGCACCUCUCGCUCCUUUGACAUCAAGGAAUACGUUUUGCCAAAAUAUGCCGUCAACAUUAGACUACCUAAUGUCAUAAAUAUUUUACAACAAGAAGUCCCCAUACAAAUUUGUGGAAGAUACACCUAUGGAAAGCCUGUCCUUGGGUCCAUCAAGGUGGUAGUUUGUAGAGAGGGCCAGGGCCUUUUUUGGGCAUUAUUCUGAAAAGCAAGAAGACAUCUGUGUGACAUCACAACUGCAG